AUGCAUAAAGAUUCAUCAACAUCAUCAUCAUCAUCAUCAUCAUCAUCAUCAUCAUCAUCAUCAUCAUCAUCAUCAUCAUCAUCAUCAUCAUCAUCAUCAUCAUCAUCAUCAUCAUCAUCAUCAUCAUCAUCAUCAUCAUCAUCAUCAUCAUCAUCAUCAUCAUCAUCAUCAUCAUCAUCAUCAUCAUCAUCAUCAUCAUCAUCAUCAUCAUCAUCAUCAUCAAUCAAUCAAUCAUCAUCAUCAAUCAAUCAAUCAAUCAGUCAGUCAAUUGUGAAUUCAAUUUCUUGA